AUGAUCAAGUGCGAGAUCAUUCACGUUCUUCUCGAAGAGCUACCUCGAUAUGUAGCCAUCUCUUACGCCUGGGGAGAUCCAGGAGACACGUGCAAAAUUGAUAUCGGAGGAAACUCUAUCCCGAUUUCGGUCAGCCUCCACGGGGCUCUCCAAGCUCUUCGUCAAAAAAAUGAACCUGUGCUGGUAUGGGCGGAUGCCUUGUGUAUCGACCAAGGGAACAGAGACGAGCGGACCGAGCAAAUACAGCUUAUGCCCACCAUCUACUCAAAUGCCGACUCGGUAGCGGUUUGGCUUGGCGCUGAAGGUGACGGUAGUGCAAAGGCCGUGGACUUUAUUCACAGAUUGAGUGGCCAAGCUCAAUAUCCAAAACAGGUCUCCCAGCUCUUAGCAUCCGGAAUGAGUAAUGGUGAUCUUGCUGGUGUUGUAUCUUUAUUUAGCAGAGAUUACUGGAGGCGACUCUGGGUUGUACAGGAACUGCUCAACGCAAAGAAAGUCAUCGUCUACUGCGGGUCUAUAGAACUUCCGUGGCGGUCAUAUCAGCUCGCAUCGAAUUUGUUCUUUGAAUAUCGACAUGAGUUGGCUUUCCAAAGCAUUCAGAUGAACCGCAAUCGUUUAGCUAUCUCACCGGACCAAUUUAGCUAUGAUCAAGUGUUAAUUUACCAGGGCCCCGCCAGUCUUCCAGAUCUUCGAAGCUAUAUUGGGAAUGUAGAGAGAGCCUUUCUCGAUAUUCUGCGUGCCUGUAGACGGAAGCUUGCUUCAGAUCCAAGAGACAAAAUAUUCGGCAUUCUUGGAAUCCUACCCGAAGAGGUGCGGAACGAAUUCCCUCCCGAUUACAAUAUGUCCACCAAGGAUCUAUACACACAAGUGGUUGAGUUUCUCAUCAAGACUACGAUGCGGUUGGAUGUUAUCUGUGAGGCAGUGCAUUUUCCUGUCCAUACCAGCUCUACCGAUCUACCUUCAUUCAUCCCAGACUGGUCACAUGCCCCUCAGACAACACCAAUGGGCCACAAGUAUAAGUUCUCAGCAGCAGGUUCCACAGAGGCCCGCUGUAAGCUCCUCGAUCAGCGCUUGAACAAGUUAGAAAUUGAAGCAAUACCACUUGAUUCGGUCAAGAUCAAAGGCGUCGCAGUUGGCACUCUUUGCAACUUGGGAGAUUAUCUCAUGGCUUUUCUACACUGGAGAGCUCUUCUUCUGGGUGAAGUUGGCCAUGAGAAGGACGAAUAUAUCCGAGGAGCGGAGGAGGAUUUCGCGAUGGCAAUAUGCCUGGAACAGAUUCCAUCUCAAUAUACGCCUUCGCAGUGGUUACCCAUAUGCUAUAGCGUUUUUGCUAACCUUCUUCAUGAACGGCUGCCAUACCUUCCUUGGGAUCCAACUUUGAUGAAAUAUCUCGAUGCUCCCGUUGAUGUUGAACCAAAGGAUAGAAGGGAAUACUUACAAAAAGUAUUCGGUGAUAAGAUGAUGGGGCGAAGCUUGUGUAUUACCGAGCAUGGCCGGAUUGGAAUGGGCUCAGGGUUUAUGCAGCCUGGUGCUCAGGUCGUCGUGCCCUUGGGCUGUUUAACUCCCAUUCUAUUAAGGCCUGAUGCGGUUCGUAGCACUUAUCGAUUUGUGGGCGAUGUUUACAUUAAUAGGUACAUGAAUGGGAAAGCUAUCGAGCGUUGGGAGGCGGGAGAGAGAAGUGUCAUGAAGUAUGUGCUUCAAUGA